CCUCUGCCAGACUGCUGCAGAGUGGUAGGGUUUUCAAUUUAAUAAAAUAUUAAUGCGGAGAUUUCGAAAGUAAUUACUUCCCUAUAACGCUCAACUUAAGAACAAACCUAAGCGCAAAUUAAAAAUCCUAAAUAAGUCAAUAGAAAAGUGAUACAUAAUGGAUGAAUAUUCACGAGAACCCUGCCCGUGGCGUAUUUUGGACGACUCCGGUGGCGCUUUCAUCAUGGGUGCCAUUGGUGGAGGAAUAUUUCACUCAAUAAAAGGAUUUAGAAAUGCACCAGUUGGAUUCAGCCGAAAGAUGCUUGGCAGCUUAGCAGCAAUCAAGGAGCGGUCACCAAUAGUAGCUGGCAACUUUGCAGUAUGGGGUGGCAUGUUUUCCACAAUAGACUGCUCUCUUGUAUACAUGCGGCAGAAGGAGGACCCCUGGAACUCUAUCAUGAGUGGCGCAUUGACCGGUGGAAUACUGGCUGCAAGAAAUGGUGUACCAGCGAUGGCAGGCAGUGCACUAGUAGGUGGGAUCCUGCUUGCCCUCAUAGAGGGCAUUGGCAUCAUGUUCACACGCCUCUCAGCAGAACAGUUCAAGCCUCAGCAACCAAUAUUUGAAGACCCCUCAGUUCUAGGUCAGAGUCAAGGACAAGGGCAGACUUUCCAAUAAACCUAGACUUUAGACAUUUCUUAUUGGUUAGUUCCCAACCUCAUGAGGCAAGGUUUGCCCUUGUGUUCAACAGUGAAUGUACCUAAAAUUAAACUGUACAGUUUCAAUUCAAAUUGAACAGUAUUUAUUACAAAAGUAAAUCACUGAUUUAAAUAUCCCUUGACAAUUUCAUUCUUUCAUAUAUAUAAAAAAAAAAUCUUUUUUCAUUUGUGUACAAUUUUUGUAUGUACAACUGUUUUAACUGUACAGUUAAUUUUGUUUUGCUAGUAAAUAGCAAUGUUAAUCUCUUACUUUAAAACAAAAAAAGAGGUUUUAAUUUAUAAUGUGAACAGGAAGCAUCUGUGAUAUUUGCAGUCCAGUACUGAUUGCUACUAUGUUUGCACCGCGGUCAGAAACUGGUGUUAAUGGUAAAGUUGACCUUUUCACUGUUCAGUAAAGAUUUAACUCAGAUGUAAUGAACACUUUUAGUGCCAAGCACCCCAUUUCUAAUAAUUAAAAUGAACACGCCCGGCAUGAUCUUGGCAGUCAAUGUGUUGAGUAAGGGCCAGUUGCACCAACCACAUUUGACAAAGCGAUGAACGUCACUCUGCAGUUUACUAUGAAACUUUACAUACAACAAAAUUUAGCAAACACUUUACCAUUGACAGAGUUUGGUGCAACCCACCCUAAAUCUAAAGCCUUGUCUACUUAUGUCUAGGCAGUUCAUGCAUAAUGGGGAAGGGCUAUACUUUUAGUUUUAGUAUUUUAGAUCUAUCAGGACAUUCAAUUCCAAACUGUUUCUUAUGGUAUAGAUGUUUUUUUUUGCUUGAGUUUGGGACGUCAUAUUUUACCAGUAACAUAUUUGUUUUUCAGUUUUUAUUAGUUUUUAAAGUAUUUCAUAGUAUGAUGUCAUUGUCACUUUCGAUAUUUUAUUUGUUUCCCAUAUAUUUGAUUGUGACCACAUUUUAGAUGUACCUGCCAUUAUGUGAAUUGAAUCUUUCCCCAGUAUCAUGAAGAUAUAUUUGUUCCUUUCUUCAGGCUGGCAUUUGCCAUUCUAUUUCACAUAGGUAAAUUAAAUAUGGACAAUAUGCUAUGAAAUAUUUACCUACUUUGUAAUCGUACAUCUUGUUUGAUUAUUAAUAUGAUUUAAAAAUAAAAUAAAUUGGUUUAGAAA